AUGGCUGUUUACACCCGAUCAUCCCCUCUUGUUCAACAAAUACAGCAAAGUUCUCCAUGGGUAGACAUCUACACCGAUUCUGCUACCAGCCCUCUCCGUGUCCGAUCAGUCACGCAUAAUAUCAGUUCUGUCUCACAUGCACACCCAGAGCCUAGAAGAUGGCAGAACCCAGGUGGUUGGGGGCCAAGACAUAUGAAUGACACAGCUCCUUUUACUUUGUGGGACGACACUGGCCGGAAAUAUCGUUUGCCAACUAAAGAGGAAUUCCAGUGGAUUAGCAAGAAGUUUGGCGACGGAAAGAUCUCUCUAUCCGGUUGGUUUAUAUGCAUUGCGACCGAUAACCCGCCGAAGCCGGUUCCUCUUACACUAGGAUGCAUGCCGGUGAUGUUUGUCGGAGUCAAUCAAAGCUUUCUUGAGCCCUUGCCCAAAGCACCUUAUCCUAAUCCACGAUUACCGGACCCUUGUCCCGAUCUACGCUGGCCAGCAAUGGAAUUUCCAACAGAUGCAGAUAAUAUCACUUUUCUCGAAGCACUGGAGCCGUUGGCCCAUGUACGUGCUGUUAUGUAUCUGCCUUCAUGGAUUAUCAUUGAGCUUGAGUAUGGAGAUUCCCGAGUUUAUGAACUCAAGUCCCUUCCAGGGAUUGUUGCUGGACGCACAGCUCUUUAUCACCAUGCAGUAGCUCCCUUCCAUAAGAAGAUGAAGAAUCUUACCCGAGGCCAACAGCUUGAUCCAGCUGAAUCCCAGACUAGCUUGAGACCGUUACCGCAAGACACUCACAAUUAUCUUCAGUACUCAUUUCUUUCUCCUGGACACAGAAUCGAAUCUGGCUAUAGCCUAUCAGACUCCGGCUAUGAGUCAACGACCCGUGCUUCGUCUGCUGGAGUAAAACUCCGCAAUUCGAGGGGAGAAGAGGCCCUAAGUAUCGCUUAUCACGGCUUCCCCAUUUCCUCGGAGGUCUAUCAUCUAGAUACCCACCAGGAAAUAAUUGGAGAUGUGAUCAAUAUACGACCUGAACUAGAUGUGGCCCUCGUUAAACCGACCUCUACCGCGUCCACAAAGUUUAAGAACACCUGCUAUUUUCAAGCACAACCCCCUAAGACGUUGUUAGAAGGAAAAGAUAUCAGGGCAGGCUCAUGGGCCGAGGUUGAUGGCAUGAGUUCAGGCUUACUGAACUUGCUAUCAUAUGGAAUGAUGAAGGAAAAACCCGUGUCUGGCUCUCCAAAAAUUCCGUUCGCACAGUGGCGGUCAUUCAAUCUCCAGACAUCUUGGGGAGUUGUGAACGAAGUGAUCGCUAAAGGUAUCUGCGGCGCACCGAUUGUUAGCUGCGAUACCAGCGGGGUGACCGGCUUCUUCCAUCUUUUUGAUGGAAUGAACUGUCUUAGUGCUACUCUCGAUGAUUUGGUAGCUGAAGGAUGGCAAAUUGCCUGA